UGAAAGAGUCUGUGCAAGGCUGAGUUGGAGCUGAGGAGAUGAAGGAACAGCUACUCCAGGUGUGGUGCUCUGAGCAGGGCUGGAACAUGGCACGAGAGCCCUGUCCCGAUGUCCCUGGUCAGGGUUUUGAGGCACAACGUGAGGCACCGUGGCUGCCAGCUUGUCAAGAGGAGGAAGCGUGAAAUGUAGAGGUCAGGUGUAAGACAGAUGACACCGAAGUGCUGUCAGGACGGUUUCUUUGCAUGGCACAGAUGGGGCUGGUCAGACGGAGCUAAAGGUAAGGCAUUGCUUCCUUGGUACUUUGAGUGUUUACGUGUAAUCAAGAAAUCAAAUCACAUGAAGAGAACAGGACUGCAAACGCACCUGACAAAGGUAAACUAAAGCACCAACUCCUGGGAAAAACUGAGUCUGAUGCUUGCUUAAUGGCAUAUUUAAUGAUCUGGAGAGCUUUGUUAUACAAGUAACACUGCCCAGAACAACACACAGGAUUUUCAGAUUAAUUACCUUUGAGUGAAAAGAGGGAAUAAGUAUGUGCUUUUUCCAAGCAGAGCUCAUGCCAGCUGUGGCUCUGCCUCCUGAAUUCAUGGCCUAGGUAGCUGACUACAUGGCAAGCAGAGUCUUCUCUGCAAUAAACUAUUAUGAAUAAUAUUAUCAUGGCAGCAUUCUCACAAUAUUGGCUUCUCAGUAUCUGGUCUUACAUUGCAAAUAGCAGUGACUGGAAACAGACAGAUGCUGGUUGGUUUGUGUCAUGUGGAGGGCUCAAAGCAGUUUGGCAGAGAGAUGAAACUAUUUAGGGAUUAGGGAAGUCAAAUGUCUGAAAAGCCAAGGAGAUGAAGUCUGAAUCUAUGGUAUGCUGGGGAAAACAGAAGGUACAAGUGCCUGAGGAACUUGCAUCUGAUUCCAUUCAGGUGCAGUCACUUGCAUCUGAUCCCCAUCUGGCUGAUUUAACCCUUCUGUGCCUCUGUCUCCCCUGACAAACAGAGAAGUUUCACAGCAUGUCUUUCCUUUAGCAAGGGCUUGAAGAGGAAAGCGUUGCAUGUGAAGGUUGAUGCUGGUUGAUGCUAGCACUGCAGCCUCAGGCCACUUUGCAACAGAUUGCCUUCAUGGUGCUGGCUUUCCUUCCUAAUUGAGGAGACAGGGACCCUGUAGAAGGGACGCCCAUUCUGAGCGGGACCACAGCAAGGCUGCUCAGAGCUCUGGCUCCAGCAAGGACAGCCCCAAAGCUGACAGUGCUGGUCUGAGCAAAAGUGCUCUGGGGAACAAACACUGGUAGUGCAAAUGCACAUCUGUUGCAGUUUCCCAAGAUGACGGGGCUGAGGGUACCUGGAUAAGAGGCAGGAGGAUAUGAUCACCAGCCCAUGUGCCCAAGAAGACAGGCAGGCGUGUUCUGCCUGUGGCUGGAGUUCACAGGGGAGCUUUGCUCCAGGUCUUCCUUCUCUCCUCUGUGCCAGAUGUUCCUGUGGCUUCCCUUCCAGCUGUGCAGCUGUGCACCAUGUCCUACUCAAACCACUCCAGUCCCUUACCCUUCAUCCUAACAGGCAUCCCCGGGCUGGAGGCUGCUCAGUUCUGGAUCGCCUUCCCAUUCUGCAUCAUGUACAUCAUGGCAGUGCUGGGGAACUUCACAGUCCUCAUGGUGAUUAGGGCAGACUCCAGCCUCCAUCAGCCCUUGUUUUACUUUUUCUCCAUGCUGGCUGCCAUUGACCUGGUGCUCGUCACUUCCACCAUGCCCAAGCUCCUGAGCAUCUUCUGGUUCCAAACCCACGAGAUCAUCUUUGAGGGCUGUGUGGUUCAGAUGUUCUUCAUCCACGGCUUCUCUGCGGUGGAGUCAGGGAUCCUGCUUGCCAUGGCCUUCGACCGUUACUUGGCCAUCUGCAGGCCCCUGCACUACUCUGCCAUCCUGACCGGCCGCACCAUUGCCAAGCUGUGCCUGGCCGCUGCCGUGCGUGGCAUUGGGCUCAUGACCCCUCUGACGUGCAUGGUGAGCAGCCUGUCCUACUGUGGCACUCGUGUCAUUCCCCACUCCUACUGCGAGCACAUGUCAGUGGUGAAGCUGGCCUGCGGGGACACCCGGCCCAACAGCAUCUAUGGGAUGACAUCUGCCAUCUUCAUAGUGGGCUUGGACAUCACCCUCAUCACCGUCUCCUAUGCGCUGAUCCUGAGGGCGGUUUUAGGCCUCUCCUCCAGAGAGGCUCGCCUGAAGUCCUUCUUCACCUGUGGUUCCCACAUUGGAGUCAUUCUGCUCUUCUACGUGCCUGGGUUCUUCUCCUUCUGUGUUCAACGCUGGGGCCAGAGCAUCCCUGUACACCUCCACAUCCUGAUGGCUGACCUCUACCUGCUGGUGCCUCCCAUGCUCAACCCACUCAUCUAUGGGAUGAGGACCAAGGCGAUCCGGGAGCGGGUGCUGAGCCUGCUCCGGCAGAAGGAGAUCCAGCCUGUGUCCUGAUCCAAACCCAUUGCUAACACCACGUGGGAAGGAAUGGGGACCACACCAGAGGACAAUGGCAGUGCUGGGGGAGGGAAGGGAGGAUGCAAAUAAAAUCUUAAAAAGUGGUCUACUAGAAAAGCAGGGUGAUCUCUUCAUUGUCUCGGCCAAACCCUAAAAGCCAGAGGCACCAUGAAAAGUUUCACUGGUGAAACCGAUUAUCUUUAGGAAGUCAAUUCUACAUUCCUGUUCAGAACAGAAAGACAAAUGGUUUAUAAAUGUAUCCGAACCAUUGGUCCUCCCCUGUGUCACCUCGUGACUUCCCUCUUAAUGACAGUUCUUGAUAAAAGAUUGUUACCACUUUGGAAAUGAAAGGCUGUUAAUGGGUUCAUCUUUCCACGUGUACCUUUUCCACCUGAUCUGUAAUUCUCCAUUUAUUGAUGCUAGUCUUUAGCAACUGCCUGAUCCUGGUGCCUGGCUAUGUAGGGUGUGUGUGUUCACAGGUGUUGUGUGCAUAUGCACAUUUACACACACACUCAUCCAGAUAUCGGCCCUAAGCAAUAAGCCUUUUCCUCCCAGUCCUGUCUUAAACAUUUAUUGAAGCAUUUGCAGCAGUAACAAAAACUCAGCUCACUUGAGAACAGGGCCUAUAAGUCACACUGAAACCUUGUGGUGUUAUAUAAGGUUUUAUUCCUUUCUUUCCAAAACAGUAUCGGUUCUGAAAUGUUCUACAUUUUUUUUUUACCAAUAUUUUAAUGGGACUCCCUAUUUUUUGAUGUUCUGUCUCUUUCUAAAACAUUUAAGUAUCUGUAAUACCGUUACAGGGAUUUUGGAAAGUGCCAUUUUUCCAUAAGUCUUUGCCCCUGAAUUCCUGUGAGAUCCUAUACCCAUGCAUAUGACACUUUAGCAAACUAGCUCUCCCCUUUGGAGAUCUUGUAAUUCUGCUCAUCCUGUGCUGCCAUGAGGAUAAUUCAUCACUUCCUCACCCCUCAGGUGCUGCGCUGCCUUAGAAAGAGCAGGAAUUGUUUGCAAUGGGAUGUGCAGAGCAGCUGCAGAGUUCAGCUGAACAAGUCUCCUUCACUUAGUGCAGAUUCCCUGAGGUGAAGGGCCACAAACACAAGAAAGCAUCAGGGCUGCUGCAGGAGGGAGACCUGGCACUGAGGGUGAGGAGCAGGAGUAUGGAUUAAAGUAAGGAAGCAGAGAACAGGGCUGUGCUCCUCCUCCUCAGCAAACAUAUACCUGGUUUUAACUAUGGUGAAUACUCACUUCCUGACACCACAUAUGGACUUCCAGCACGUCUCUUCUUACUCUUUCAUCCCAUGGAAAUCGAGACACAGAAAUCCCUGGCAGGGACUUUGUAUUUCUCCUAGAAUGACAAUGAUAAGGGGCAAAUUCAGAAUUGUGAAGGAGCCUGAUGGGUGUGCUCAUGGUUUGUUAAGCCCAACAAGACAGAUCAGAAGUUCAACCCAUAAACCCUAAAGGUUCAGCAGCCUAGGCAGGGUCUCAGCAGGGCAUAUUUCAUAUUGGGGUCAGGGGAACCCCUGUGGGAUCCGUGCAAUAGCAUAACUCAUUUUUCAUGGACCUUCCAGGUAAAUGCCCCCUUCACAGCAGUUGGGAAACCAC